AUGGAGGCACUGCAAAAAGAAAUAAAAAGGGCGCUCGAGGAGAGGGCGGGGGGACGGAGGGAGGACCGACAGGCAAAAGUCCUGAAAAUAGUACGGGAGAUGACAGCGCACGUAUUCAGGCAGUUUCUAGCGGGGGAGAUAAGCGAGAAACAGAUGGGGGAGUGCAUCCGACGAGGAGAGGCUGAUUUGCAGCUGAUCCUUCACUGGAGAAGAAGCGAGAAGCAGGGAAGAAGCGAGAGAGUGUGCUGUCUCCUGUGCGUGAGAAAGGGAAGGCGCUGUAUCUGCAGGAGAGUCUCUGGGACCGAGUGCAGCAACUGCCUCUGCACGGGAGAGUGCAGGAAUAGAUGCCCACAGGAAGACCAUAAGCCCAGAAAUGAGUGA